AUGGCUGCCGUGGUUCGUUCAACUGUUUUGGGAUUUUACGGUAAAAUGCCACCGAACUCCUUUCAAAAGCCUGAAACAGCUCUGAAAAGGGCACAAGAGCUUAUUCAAGUGGGGAAGGAGUCAGAUGCACUCGAUACUCUUCAUGAUACAAUAAAGGCUCGUCGAUACAAACAAUGGACCCAAACUCACGAACUGAUAAUGAUGAAGCAUGUGGAGCUCUGUGUUUUACUGAAGAAACCUCACGUUGCAAAGGAUGCCCUAUUUCAAUACAAAACACUUACUCAUCAGGUUGCAGUGAAGUCGUUAGAAACCGUAAUAGAGCAUUUUCUACAAAUGGCGGAACAAAAAACCGAAGAAGCACAGAAAACGUCUAUUGAGAAAGUAGAAGAAAUAGAUGAUCUUGAUCAGGGGGACGUUCCGGAGACGCUGCUCCUCUCCGUUGUUUCCGGCGCUGCUGCUCAAGAUCGUAUGGACAGAACUGUUCUGGCGCCUUGGCUUCGUUUUCUGUGGGACUCAUACAGGAAUUGUCUUGAGCUUCUCCGAAAUAAUGCACAACAUCUAUAUCACCGCAUCACGAGAAAGUCCUUCCAAUUUUGUUCCAAAUAUCAACGCCGCACUGAGUUCCGGAAGCUAUGCGAGCUGCUACGUCUCCACUUGAAUCAAAUACAGAAAUAUCAAUAUCUCGCCCACGUGGUGAAAUUGAGCUCUCCGGAGUCUCUAACCAUGAUGCAGGAGACUCGUCUAUGUCAGCUUGAUACUGCUAUACAAAUGGAGCUUUGGCAGGAGGCAUAUAGAAGUGCUGAGGAUGUUCAUGGCAUGAUGCAGCUCAGCAAAGACAAGGACAAACGAAUGGUGAAGCCUGCAAGCUACGUUAGCUACUACGAUAAGCUUGCUCUUGUAUUUUGGAAGGCUGGGAAUAGCCUUUUCCACGCAGCUGCUCUACUGCAAAAGUUUAUCAUUUACAAGGACAUGAAGAAGUCGUUCACGGCCGAGGAGGCUCAAGAACAAGCAAGCCGUGUGCUUCUUGCCACUUUAUCAAUCCCUGAUGGAGCCGAUGCACCGUCAGAUCUUACUCGUCAUCUCGAUAUAGAGGAUCAGCAUCUCACUAAUAUACGCUUGUUGUCAAACCUGUUACGUCUUCCAAUUGCUCCUACUCGGGCUGGACUGCUUAAAGAAGCUGCACGAUUAGGCGUUCCAGAAAUGGCAUCAGACUCCACAAAUGCAUUAUACAAGCUACUCGAAAAUAAUUUCGCUCCUUUAAGGCUUGCACAAGAGGUGGAGGCUCAGCUGGUAAAAAUCGAUCGUCCCGACCAUCUUCAGUAUGUGGAUGCGCUCAAAGAAGUUGUUGCCACUAAGGCUCUGAAGCAAAUAUCCGUUAUUUACGAUUCUAUAAGUUGGAACCGAGUGCAGAAGAUUAUUCCUUUCUAUAGUGAGAUGGAGCUUGAGCGCCUUGUUGUGGACGUGAGCAAGCAUCGAUUCGUUAAGGCCCAAAUUGAUCAUCGCAGUGGUUGCAUUCGAUUUGGAGCUGCAGACGUAACAUUAGCCGGCGGUGUCGAUCUAGAAGAAGCAGAUGGCUUUACUGGUGAUGACGCGCAGUUGGGUGUAGAAGGUAUUCGCACCCAUUUGGAGCUGAUGUACAACAAACUGCGUUCGACUGUAGAACUAUUAGACGGUGACAAGCGCACUGAGGCUCUUAUAGCAAGGGUUAAACAUCACGCAAUUAACUACGAGCGCACCAAGAACAGCAAGCAGGAAACUGACCGUAUACUUGAGCGUCGUCGGAAGAUUGAGUACUAUAAGGAAACUUCGGAACGUGUCAAGGCUGAACGUUCCCAGCAAGCUGCUGCUGAACUUGCUAAACGGGAGGAAGCUAAACGUGCGGAGGAGAUGAAACGUCUUGAACAAGAAAAUAUUGAAAGCGAGCGUAAGCGAAGACUGGCAGAGCAGGAGGAAGUGCAAAGAAAAAUCAAGCAAGAUCAGCUGCGUCGAAUGCAAAAUACGGCGAUCUAUCAAGCGAUUGUCCGCGAAAAAGGGGAGCAAGUGUUUAAAGAUAUGGAUCCCGAAGCUGUACUCAGAGAACAGAGGCAGCGGUUAGAUAAGGAACGAAUGGAGACGCAGCGUCGUCUUCAACAACAGGAUAAGACAUUUGAUCACUAUAUCCGUGCAUUACAUCUUGAAGAAAUGCUGGAAAGAAAAGCGGUCAUGAUGAAACGUAUGCAAGAAGCACCGAAAUUACAUGAAGAAUACGACUGCAGGAGGAUUCAAAAGGCAGUGGACGAUCACAACAGUGCAGUAAAUAUGUGGGAACGUCUUGAGGAAAUACGUGAAGACGCUAUGGACUGGAUUUCGCUUGUGAAGGAAUCGAAUGCUGAUGACUUUGCAAAGAAGACCGCCGAAUGGACUAAUAAGCUCAACGCUGUUCGAGCUGCACGUCUGCAAGAAAGAGCUGAACAGAGAAAGAAGGAACGACGAGAGAAGUGGAACCGGGCUAAAGUGGAAGAGGAGCGUCGUCGUCGUGAGGAAGAGGAACGCCAGCGCCAGCAACUGAUAGAGGAACAGCGUCGAGCUGCACGAGAACCUCGAGGUCCAAAUCGUCGUGAAAUGGAUAUGGAUUCGAAGGCGAUGGCAGAUUCAGAUUGGCGUGGUGGAAUGCGUGAACGCCAGACAAUGACCAAUCGUCCUUUACCAAAUCGGGAUCGCGACGUCUCCGAUCGUCCACCAAUGCGUGAACGAGAGAAUAUAAUAUCUCAAGCGGAUAGGGACGAUUCUUGGAGGCGCGGAAUGAGUUCAGCUGCUCCAUUGCCACCUACUAAUCGUGAACGUCCACCGCCCGCUGUUUUGACGAAUGCCGAUAAAGACACGUCUUGGCGUAGUAACAUGGCUCCUGCUCCUCCACCACCAGCAGCACCUACUGCUCCGAGCGCCCCAUCGGAAGGAACGUGGGCGCGCGGCAAUGUUGUGAAAAAAGAUCCUGCUUCUUUGAAUGCGGGUGGAAAGCCUUCAGACGGAGCAAAAUUCAUUCCUUCGAGAUUACGAAAUCAAGCUGCACAGCAGGGAGGAUUACCGCCACGUGACAUGGGACCUAAUCGUGGAGAUACCAGAAGAGUCGGAACCCGUGGAAUGGGCGCUGAAAGCGAUACGAAUUGGCGAAGGAAGUGA